CGCAACGUUUGCUGUGUAAUUUCCGCUCGCGUUCUUCUUCCUUUACGACCAGGUAAGGCGUGUGAGUUGCCUGGUCAGUUUAUGUCUGAUGCCUAAAAAGUUGUAAACUAAACGUAAGAUGUCGUUAUCAACGGCGCGACCGCUUGUUACGGUCUAUACCGAUAAAAAUGAGUCGUCUGGCGAAACAAUUUCGCUGCCUGCUGUGUUCAAAGCACCAAUUCGGCCAGAUAUCGUGAACUUUGUUCAUCAACAAGUUUCAAAGAAUAGUAGACAACCAUAUUGUGUGUCUAAAGAGGCUGGUCAUCAAACUUCUGCCGAAUCAUGGGGAACUGGACGUGCUGUAGCACGUAUUCCCCGUGUACGUGGUGGUGGUACUCACCGUUCUGGUCAGGGUGCAUUUGGUAACAUGUGUAGAGGAGGACGCAUGUUUGCCCCAACCAAGCCAUGGAGACGUUGGCAUCGCAAAAUUAAUGUUAACCAGAAAAGAUAUGCUCUGGUUUCUGCCAUUGCUGCAUCCGGUGUGCCAGCUCUGGUACAGUCUAAAGGUCAUAUGGUACAAGAAGUUCCAGAAUUUCCUUUGGUUGUGUCAGACAAAAUUCAGGAGUACAGUAAAACUAAGCAAGCUGUUAUCUUUUUAAGACGUAUCAAGGCAUGGAAUGAUAUCCAAAAAGUAUACAAAUCGCAACGUUUCCGUGCUGGUAAGGGUAAAAUGCGUAACCGCAGGCGUAUCCAACGUCGAGGUCCUUUGAUCAUUUAUGGUCAAGAUCAGGGUAUUCGCAAGGCGUUCCGUAACAUUCCCGGCAUUGAUCUUAUGAACAUCAAUAAGAUGAAUCUUCUGAAGUUAGCGCCUGGUGGUCAUAUUGGACGUUUCGUAAUUUGGACAAAAUCUGCUUUCGAAAAGUUGGAUGCACUGUACGGAACCUGGCGCAAAGAAUCCCAGCUGAAGGCUGACUACAACUUACCUUUCCCCAAAAUGGCCAACACAGACUUGGCAAGACUUCUGAAGGCUGAUGAAAUCCGCAAAGUUUUGAGAGCACCAAGGAAGAAGGUGGUUCGCAGAGUGAAGAAGUUGAAUCCAUUGAGCAAUACUCGUGCGAUGUUGCGUCUCAAUCCAUACGCCGCUGUCCUGAAACGCGCAGCAAUUCUGACCGCAAGGAAACGCCAAAAGGAGAAGGAACUUAUCUUGGCCGAGAAGCGUGGAAUCGAGCUUCCGAAGGUUACCGGCAGACGCCAGCAGCAGAUCUUAGCUGCAAGAGCAGCUAAACCUAAGGUGAAAACUGCGAAGAAGGCAGCAGCAUCUACUGCGGCUAAGAUCGAAAAACCGACUAAAACAACUAAAAAAGCUGCAGCGAAGUCUGCGGCACCGAAAUCUGCGGCAUCGAAGAAACCUGCGGCAGCAAAAUCUGCGACACCGAAACCUGCAGAGGCAGAAUCUGCAGCAGCAAAAUCUACACCCGCAAAGUAACUUUUUACCAACAAUUCGUUGUUGACCCAUGAACUUUAUUUGUUUUGAAUAAAUAUGGGAAGACAAUUGGAUGAUGAUA